UGGAGGGGUGGGAUAGAACACAUGAAUCAUCUUGGAACACUGAAGACACUGAAGAAAGCUGUAGAAAACCUGCUUAUAUUCUGAGCUACUCCCUGACCGACGAAUGGAGAACUACACGUACCCUAACCACGUUCUCCUCCUGGAGGGGUUAAAGGUCACACAACAGUCCUCGUACCCUGCCUUCAUCCUCUUCCUCAUUAUCUACAUCUUCACAAUGGUAGCCAACAUCGGACUCAUAUCAUUGAUCUCCAUGGAGAGGAGCCUGCACCAGCCCAUGUACAUCCUCUUCUGCAACCUGCCUCUUAAUGACAUAGUUGGUGCUACAGUGAUGAUACCUCGUCUGUUAUGGGACAUUUUGACCACAGCUCCUGAGCGAUAUAUCACUUACAUAGAGUGUGUCAUUCAGGCUUUCUAUACUCAUGUUUAUGCUACAACAUCACACACCGUUCUCAUGAUCAUGGCCUUUGACAGGUAUGUAGCCAUCUGCAACCCCCUGCGGUACGCUACCAUCAUGACAAACAAAAUGGUUAUCAGGUUGUCUAUGUCUGCCUGGGGGGUGGCCAUAGUCUUAGUGGGGAUUUUGCUGGGCCUCACCAUCCGCCUGUCACGCUGCAGGUCUAACAUAUUUAACCCUUACUGCGACAACGCCUCCUUAUUCAAGCUCUCCUGUGAGAGUGUGUUCAUAAAUAACAUAUAUGGCUUAAUCUUUACUGUUGUGCUGUUUGUCUCGUCCAUAGGCAGCAUCAGUCUCACCUAUCUCAAGAUCGCCAUUGUAUGUCUGAGCAGUAAAAACAGCUCUUUAAACAGCAAGGCCCUGACAACCUGCAGCACCCACUUACUGGUCUAUCUCAUCGUGCUGGGAUGUGGGUUUACCAUUAUCGUCCUCCACCGCUUCCCAGCCUUUACAGACCUGCGCAAAUUGAGCAGUGUUCUGGGUAGUGUGGUCCCUACUUGUCUCAACCCCAUAAUAUAUGGUUUACAGACUAAAGAGAUUAAACAGAGGAUCUUUAGAGUGUUUCACAGAGCCAAGGUGGCUGCAUAAUGUGUUAAUCUGACAUAUGAUGAGAACUGUGUGUGGCAUUCAUGAAACAAGGGUGGGGUGUCUUCUCAGCCAUCAGCUGAGGGACCAGUUCUCUUGAAUUGUAUGCUAAAAUGAAUUGAAAACCAUGAUUUCUACAGUGAUAUUCCACAUUAAAAAUAUGUUUUAAAAUGUAUAACAUACAGCAACCCUUGUAUGUGUUAGUACUACUGACAAAUGUCCUCAUUCCUGCUCUAAAGCAAAUAUAAAACUAGGAAGAGCUCAAUGUGGUUUUCAAAUUGACAUUUAUUUUUAUCUGGUGCAAGGUUUUUGGGGAGUGUUCCAUGAAUCAUUUAUAGAUUAAAUGUCCACAUGCAAACCAUCAUACACGAGUAUUACUUUCAAUUAUUCCAUCAAGAGGUCUUUCUUGUUGUGCAAAGUUUUAUUUUAAUUUGUGACGCUUACAGAAAAGGCAGAGGCACAAAAAUGAAAUGUGUGGAUACUUUAUUUUACAGUGUGCUAUUUCCCUGAUAUUUAGAAAGAACAUUGUCAGAUUGUAAGGUACACAAGAAAUCACCUAAUGAUUACUCUUUGGUUUCUUUUAGAUGAAUUCAAAACAUGUAUCAUUACAAAACAUAUAGUACUGUAUCUGGUAGUCUGUACAAUGCAAAUUAACAGGAAUGUACAGUUGUUAUUAUUUUUGUGUUCCUUAUCAAUAAACUAUUAAAUCAAAUGUA